UCAAUUUAUACUCAUAUUGUAUGGUGUUUUUACAUGUGCAUGCUUUAUGAAACCAAAAAAGACUUUCAGUUCGUAAUCAAGAACAAUUUUCCCAUCGAAGUUGCUACAUGCUCGCUGUUUUUCAAAUGUAUAACAAAAACUUCAUGUUUGCACAUAGGUUCAAUUUGUCAGAAGAGGAGGAUGAUAAUGAACAAACAACAGCUGGAAAAACGAAAACAAAACAGAACGUAGAGAAGAAGCCUCCAUCUAUUGCGUCAGUGCAGCCAUACAGCCGAGCAUCGUCACAAAGCAGUGCCCCCGUGAUGUCACCACACCCUGUCAAGAAAACCAUGCAGCCUUCUCAAGACAUAAUACAACACAGUAAUCCUACAGGACAGUAUUACAACCAACGAUAUCCUCUUUCACCAGCUAAAAAUUACCCAAUUCAGCCAAUGAAAAACUUUUCUGGGAACCCUCCUCCUAAUAACUUAUCACUGUCAAGACAGAUGGAGAAUGGUCCUCAUGUUCAUCAGCAGAUUAGCAAUAUGCCGAGACACGUGACUAGUGAACCAGCAAUGCGACCUCCUCCUAACCACAUCCCUAGACAGAUCACUGCAGAGCACCCAAAUCAUAUUAAAACGCCAUUCAUGAAUCAAUUGUUAAACUCUCAGAAUAUGAUUAACCCUCCGCAGCAACAAGUUAUACGUACAACAGCACCAGCUCCGCCGCCAUGCUAUUGUCCUGACUGUAUCCAUCCGCCACCAACAAUGCCGCAACAAGUUGUUAUUAACUCAGAGAGACAAAGAAUAGAGGACGAAAUACUGUUGAGGCAAAGAGAACUUGAUUCAUGUUGGCAAGAAGAUGAAGUAGAUUGUCCAAGGGAUUUUACUGCGAUUGACCGAAAGAAAGAAAAAUUUUAUGCUGAACGUGCUGAUGUUAAUUUUUCACACCCAAGACAAGAAAUAAAUGAUCAACACGAGAAGGAUAUGCAUCUUCAUAACCGUGACAUCAAGACCUCUGCAGCUUCCACUUCUGCAUAUUCAACAUCUGUCUCACACAGUAACCAGCCUGCGCCACCUGUUUCCAGUUAUGGUCCCAUCAUGAAAACGAAAGCGAAAGCAGUGGUGUCGCCUUUUCCAAGAAAUGUUCCUCAAAAGAAAGUCAAUAUCAAUACUAUUGUUAGUCAAUUCUCCUAUUCAAAUGAUCCUGAUACACCACAGGAUUACACAUCAACAUCUUGCUGGCCACACUCAGAAAUGGGUUCCAGAAUCCCAUCUUCUGAAAUGAUUAGUCUAUCUCCACUAUGCAUGUCAGGCGUCCCUUCAGGUAUUCAAACUCCUGUCGAACCAGGGACUGGUCAAAAGCCAAUCCAACAAGAAGCGCCACUGGGUGUACCAUCUGCAACUUCAUUACAGCAUUUGCCUGGACAUGAAAAGAAAAGCGUUCUCGACAAGUUCAAAGGGAAUGAACAGUAUAAAAGACCUUCAAACAUUCCACCGCAACCAGAUUCAGUUAAGGACUACACUGGAUCGAGAUGGCCACAGUCAGAAAUGGGGUCACGUAUACCUUCUUCUGAACGUAUAAGCCUCUCUCCUCUGACUAUGUCAGGAGUUCCCUCAGCUGUACCGUCGGGAAUACAGACACCUGCUGAGCCUAAUACAGGGGUAGUUCCUUUACGAGCUCAAGUGAAGAGGGUGGAACCAGAAUCACCAAUAUCGCAUGCAAAAGCAGACAGACCACCUGCAGAAAGAACGACUCCAACAGAACUACAACAAAACAAACACGAAGCUCUGAAUCAACCCAUUGAUCAAAACGAUGCCUUGCAGGACUACUCACAAAUCCCUCAAUCCGAAUUGACAUCUCGAGUGCCGUCAAUGGAAAGGAUACGUCUGUCACCGUUGUGUCAAUCUGGAAUACAAUCCGGUCGUGAAAGUCCCCAAGAGUUGAGUCCUGAGCCGGAACCUAUUGUAAACGAGAACGGAGUGACGCUGCGGGCAAAGAAAGAAGACAAAGCUAACGCGAAGCUCGAAACUAUUAUGUCUCGUCUUAACAUUGGAGAUAACAGCACAGCGAAGUGUGUUCCACGGUUUGAUCACGCCGAACAAGACUCUAUAAAGGUGUUCAGUCGUCCAGAGCUGUCAUCAAGAAUGCAAUCAUACGAAAGUUUAAACUUUACUCCGCCGUGGUCAGCUAAUACCUCUGGUAUUGUUACACCAUGCGAUCAUUCCAGUUUGUACGGAGGAGCAAAGCCGUUGAGGCAACAACCUGUGAUUGAAGAAUGUGAAGACGAUUUUGGAAAAGAGUCGGUAAAUGCGAGGUCAAAUAGUGACGCUGGUGCUAAGGCAAUUAAAUUGAUGGUUGUUGAUCCAAUUGAUAACCCGUCGUCUUCUGAUGAAAGAAAAAGCGUUCCAGAUGAUUUACCUCACUCACAUAGUUCAAACAAUGCACCUUAUCCGUUCGAAGCAGGGCCGAAAUAUCAAUCCCGUGACGGGGUUUACAAUAACAAUCAAAAUCCACACUCUCAGCAUAUGCGAAAGGGCGUUAAAAUAGUGGAGGGUUACAACUCUGCUCCUGAAAUUAAGAAUCAAGCUCGGAAUGACACCCUCCUCCCUCCGACACCUGGUGUGGCAAAAAGAAGAAAUUCGUGGUCAUCCGUAGAAUCAGCAAGUUCAAUAAACAGUCACAUGUCUACUGUGGUCAAUGCGCCUACAUCCAUGCAUAACACUGCGCCUGCAUCGCCUGAUCCUGAUGGCUCUGAAGCUUCGGACUCUAUCAUUUCAGAGCAAGAAGUAGAUGACAACACUACAGAAUUUCCUGAUACUUACAGCCAAACUGGGUCACCAGUUCCGCAAUCUCAAGCGAAUUCUUUAGGUGGACAAUUUCCUGGUAAACAAGGCCCGCAGUAUCCGUUUCAGAGAUGGCCACCUAAAAAUCCAAUGUCUCACAAUGGUCCAACGCAACACUUGCCACAGCAUAUUGCGCCCCCACACGGUACAUCUCAUGGUACUUCUCAAUAUGGUAUGUCUGAACAACGUCCUGUACACUUAGGUUUUCGUGCAAAUCCAAGAGACAAUGAGCAACACAACGAUGCAUUGCAGAGAACGUCCCAACUUCAGAAUUUUAUUAACAUGGCAAAAGAACAGUUCCGAAAAGAACCUCAACAUCACGACUAUCAAGAGCAUGUGCACAACCCUCCUCACCCACCCACAAGACAUCUACACCAAUCACAACAGUACGCACACUAUGGAGCGUCGCAACAUCAGCACCCACCACCUGCUGAACACCAGGGUCAAGUCAUGUUCGAUAAUUACCCGCCAGCUCAUGGUUAUCCAGGUCAGUUUCAUCCGCACGAUCACCAGGGAUACCAACAUGGUAAUUUUCCUCCUCAGCACACUCGGCGUAUUCACGAACCUCACCACCAUUCUCGAGAAGGCCAGCGACAUCCAAAUGAAAUUCAGCAUAUCCCACACGAGGUGCAACACCUUCCUCACGAUCUGCAACACCUUCAACAUGAUCACCCACAUCGUCACUAUUUAACAGGCGAUCAGGAGCUGAUGCUGAAUCACCCGAGACAGCCUCGUAUGCAUACUAUUCCAGAAGCCUCGUUACCACAGCAAACGUUGCAUGGGCACCAAGGACCUAUGGAAGUACACGGCGAUGUUCAUAACCCUGGACCUCACAGUUAUAACACAAAUCAUCAACACGCACAACAUUUUCGCCACCCACCUAACUCUCUGGGACAAAAUCACAUGCACGACGUUUAUGAAAAUUCCAUGAAUCCGGUACAUGAAGCCAAUCACUUGCAGCAACAACAACAAGUCUCUUCGAAACACUAUACUCAGCAGAGAACGUAUAGUAUCACAAGCCUGGAGCCACAUCGCGCUUCCCCUCCACACACAGACGCUCUUGAUAACGUAAGCGUCGUCAGCUUUGCUAGUAUGGCUGCCUCGCAUCAAAACAUUGAUACAAAAGCAGAUAUGAUGUCAUCAUUGCUAAGCAUGCUGGGUACGCAUGAUCCAGAUGAUAUGGCGCGGACUUUAUUUGCUAUGUCGAGCAGCCCUGACUCAUGCGCCGCCAUGCGCCAGAGUGGUUGCAUAUCGCUAUUAAUAGAGCUGCUUCAUAAUGAAGAUUAUGAGAUUAAUGGAAUCAACUGGGGAGCACGUCAGAGGGCUGGAUUGGCGCUUCAUAACAUCGUGCACUCGAAUAGUGGUGAUCGCCGUGGUAAACGAGAAAUUCGAGUUCUUCGAUUGCUCGAGAUCAUACGAACUCAUAGUGAAGUCAUACUUUCAAAGCACGACGAAAAUUACCGUUCCAAUCGAACCGCGCAACCACUUCGCGAACACGGACCUGGGCCAGCUGUAGCUGCCAUUAUGAAGUUAUCGUUCGAAGAAGAGCAUAAGAACAGUAUCUGUGAACUCGGUGGGCUGCAAACUGUGGGUGAAAUUUUAGCUGUUGAUUUUAUGGUCAAUAAGGAAUGUAACGAUCCGUAUGCCAUAGCCUUGCGAAAGUACGCUGGUAUGGUUUUGAUAAAUCUAACUUACAACGACGCCAAAAAUAAAGCCGUCUUAUGUACCAUGACCAGCACUCUCAAAGCUAUUAUUGGACAGCUGCAGCUGACCGAAGAAGAAGAUCUAAUUCAAGUGUUCGCUGGAAUCAUUCGGAACAUUUCGUGGAGACCUGACGAAAACACCCAGCGCUCUUUACAAAGUAUUAAUGCCGUGCGUGCUUUGAUGAUGUGCACGCAAAAGCUUAAGACGGAGGUUUGCAUACGAGCUGUGCUUAGCGCAGUGUGGAAUUUAUCCGCUCAUAAUUCCGAAAACAAAGAAGAAAUAUGUAGAACGCCCGGUUCUUUAAAGUUUCUCGCGUUUGCUUUAAGCUAUCGCUCACCUUCAAAAAUCAUAGACGUUGCCGAAAAUGCAGGUGGUAUUUUACGGAAUAUAUCUUCGCACAUUGCUGUUAAUUCAAGUUAUCGUCAGAUACUGCGUGAAGAAGGCUGCAUGCAAACUUUGGUUUCUCAAUUGCGUUCCCCUAGUACGCGUGUUGUUUCAAAUUCUUGUGGUGUGUUAUGGAACUUGUCGGCUCGUUGCGUCGAAGAUCAAGAGCUUCUAUGGGAACUUGGAGCUGUCUCUGUCUUGAAGACACUAAUCCAUUCAAAACACAAAUCUAUCUCCGCUAGUUCAGCGGCCGCUCUUCGUAAUUUACUGGCUGUUAAGCCAGGUAGUGGUACAGAUACAGAAUCCCAUGUGUCCUUCCAACACCAACGCUCCAAUAGUUUACCGGUCAGGUCGUAUAACCAGCGAAAUGAUAAGAGAAAUAAGUUGAUAGAUGCAAAUGCACGUAAUCAAGAGAUGAAAAGAAAGUUAGUAAAACAUAGAAAUGAAUCUGCGCAGGGAGAACUAACUACACGGUAUUACAAUUUGUAUCAUGACCCGCCAAUCCGUACCAUGAAUGAAAAUGAAACGAACGAGGAAGGCUGUCCGCCAACGUAUAACGAAGCUACAACCGGCUCGUUUUCCGAUCCGUCGAAGCAGAGGCACCACAGUCCAUCGCAGAGGUUUAAUCAAUCAGACGAGAACAUUAAUUUCCAUCACUCAGAUUCACAAAACGAGCAGUUCUUUUUUCCGUCACAUUCAGGUAAUUUUCCAGCCAUGAACCAAUUACACAAACGGUUUGAUAGUUCGAGUUCUUGCUCCUCCUUCUCACCAAACGAUGCUGCCGGCAUGAACAGUCGAAUUCCUUUGGUUAAACCAGCAACUGACUCCACUGAAUCUAAAAGCGAAGUUGAAGAAAAAUUAGUAAAGAAAGAUGAAGUAAAGGUGGAGGAAAAAGAAGGCGAAAAAAAGGCAUCAGACAAUGAUAAAACUCCGCGCUCGAUCGAUAUGAAGCCUUACGACGACUGCAAGAAGUCUGUCUCUAAGGACGCUGUUUUGAUCUAUGUAGGGACCUCGAAGUUAAAAACAAAGGCGCCGAGUAAAAAGGAGAAGAAGAGUAAACAAACAACACCAAAGUUAUCUUUAAAAUUUAAACGUAAUCCUCUCAGGAAAUCAAAGGACUCCUUGAUGUCAAAAGAUUCUUUGCUUGAUAAGUCAGACGUGGAGAAAGUAAACGAGAAAACGCGAGAUGAGAAAAAGGAAAACGUGUGGAUUCAACCUGCUGCAACGAAACAAAAGCUGUUAAACAAAUCACAUUCGUCCGAUCUUGCAUUUGAUAAAAGUUUCUCGAAUUCUUCUACGAAGAAAUCUCCGUUUGACAUAUAUUCAAUGUCAAAUUUUCCCGAUCGAGUUGCUAGCGAUCAGUGUUUGUCAAUGUCGGAUCGCUUGUUCCGCGAUGGUCUAAUGAAUAACCAAAAUGACAUCUAUCAAAGUUUGUCUUCCUGUGACGUCAGCAACUGCAAAGAAGAUAAAAUCUACCCCAAUAAUCAUAGAGGAGCAAUAAAUACGCCACAAAUUUUACCCAGAAGAUCCAACGAUGUCGGUGCAGAGCAGCAGUUUUACUCACCUCAACUCGGAAACGAGAUGCAUUAUAAUCGACAACAAAAUUACCGGCAUCCGGUUCAACGGACUUAUAGCGCCAGUAAUCAAAACAUGCACGUCACUAACCAAAAUGGCUACCUUCAAACUGUUGAUUCGGCCACUGAUACCGAGAAAAAGACCAGUAAAUCUAAAAUUAGCGGUAUUUUAAAAAACCCGUUGAGAAAAAAUAGCGAUGGCGCUAGUAAGUUCUUAAAAUCGAAAAAAAUAGAGAAGAAGAGCAAAAAGAAAGGGGAAGAAUGAACUUUGCAGAUGUGUUUUUAAUAUUAAAUGGCUGCGUGUGUCUUCGUGUUUCACAACAAACAAUUGAUUUGAGUGUUUUUAGAUCAUGUAUGACAUGCAAGUUGAAUGUUUUUUUACGUUUCGUGUGUACUUGUUGUUUGCAGUGUGAAACAUACAUCUUUCCGUUUUGUAAUAAAUGUUUCAUUUACUCGGGUUGAUCAUUGAUUUGUAACAAUUAUAUUGCAGAGUGCAUGACAGCCUUAGGAUUUUCGACAAAAAUUUGCGUCGUUUAAUACUUUCAAUCGUUCUAAAUUUAUGUAAAAUUAAGUAUUUAGAGGUCAUUUCAGAGUUUUUAAUACCCUUCGUGGUUCUAAACUUUAUGAUAUGUGAUAAGGCCCUGUUAUGUUUUAUAUUUUUAUGUCAAAUAAAUGUAUGGUUGUAAUGUAAAAAUAUAAAUGAUGUAGUUUUCAAAUAUACUUCUUUGGUUUGUUGCAUUUCUGUUGAAGGUAUGAAAUUUUAACA